UAACACGUAAUGAUGACAGCACUGCUGGGCACGGCACGGUGACUGCUGCUACUUUCAUUUCCUAUAUGGGUCCCCGCAUAGACAGAGCCAUCAGCUUCUUGUGGCUCUUGUUUUCUGGACUGUCCUUCAGAAGCAGCAUGUGUUCGGGACUAGUGGAAAACUAUGUGGCCAGCAUGGUCCUCAGUGGGGCCGGUGACGCCCUGGGCUAUAAAAAUGGAAACUGGGAGUUCUGUAGAAGCGGGCCCCUGAUCCACGAGCAACUGGCCAAUCUGAAAGGAGUAAAUAACAUAGAUGUGAAACAUUGGAUAGUGAGUGAUGACACCGUGAUGCACAUCGCCACAGCGGAGGCCUUGGUGGAAGCAGGCCAAGACGUAGAGCCGGCCAACUUAUAUCCACUGCUAGCAAAGAAGUACAAAGAGUGUAUGGACGACAUGGAUGGAAGAGCUCCCGGUGGGACCUGCAUGUCCAACGUUGACAUGCUGAACCCUGAGACCCCAAAUGGAUGGCUGAUCCCGUUUCAGAAAUCUGCAGGCGGUUGCGGAGCAGCCAUGAGAGCCAUGUGCAUCGGGUUGAGGUUUCCACGCCCAGAACAACUGUCUGACCUGAUCAGAGUCAGCAUAGAGAGCGGGAGGAUGACCCACCAUCAUCCUACAGGGUAUCUUGGUUCCUUGGCGGCUGCGCUCUUUACCUCUUACGCCAUAAACCGCAAGCCUCCAAAUGAGUGGGGUAAGGAACUGCUAGAUAUCCUGCCCAAAGCACAGGCCUACGUCGUAGAAGCCGGCCGGGAUGUGGCAGAAAAUCUGAAAACAUGGUCUUACUUUGAGACGCAGUGGAGAUGCUACCUCACAGAAAGGGACAUUUUGGAUGGAACGUCUCAGCCCAAGUUCCCUGAGAAGUACGGUGUUGAGGAACGAGAUGCGUUUUAUGCGUCUGUCAGCUACAGCGGGUGGGGGGGGAGCAGUGGGCAUGACGCACCCAUGAUUGCAUAUGAUGCCAUCCUUGGCUCUGGCACUAACUGGACGGAACUUUCUCACCGGGCUUUUUUCCACGGAGGAGAUAGCGAUUCCACUGCUGCCAUUGCGGCCGCCUGGUGGGGAGCCAUGUAUGGAUUCAAGGAUGUUCCCAAAGCCAACUACAAGAAGUUAGAGUACAGAGAGAGACUGGCGAAGCUUGGAAGUGAUCUCUAUCACCUCACAUAGAUCAUGGACCUAACUAAAUGUUUGCGUCUUCCUUUCGUCCUAGCUACGUAAUACAGAUAUGUCCUCCUACAUCCUUGCUGCAGUCACGUUAAACAGCGCUACUAGACACGCCAUGCCGUGGCGUGAUCUGACAUACGAAAUGCUAUGCUGUAACUUUGCAUUUCGUAUGCAGAUACAGACACACACAGAAUGGGUGGUAUUCAUGUGACCGGCGGUCAGCAGACCGACGGUCACAUGACCUCCCCCAAAAUCCUGCCCCCUCAAGCAUGCUGACCAACAGGGACUAUUUCCACUCGUGGGUGUCCACGAAACCCAUAGAGUGGGAAUAGAACCCGUGGCGACCACAGGUCGCGUCCGAGCCCGCAGCGUGGCGAGUGCAGCGUCUAUAAGCUGCCUGUAUCCCGCCGUCGGUAUGCUGACCGACGGUCAGGAGACCAUCGGUCAGCCAUACCACACCCCACAGAAUAUAGGCAUGCAGAUUAUCAUUUUAAUCAGCACAAGCUGCUUGUGCGUCCUAGUCACAUAGCGAUGCAAAUAAGAUGCAUUUUCAGGGGAAAAAGACGGCCGACGUUAGCAGGGAUGCUCGGGAGCUGCCGGCUCACUCACAUCAGGCAUCUCGCGGUGCAUGGUGCAUUGAGACUAGAUGUAUGAGGACACAUCUGUACGGCACUUUCUGUUUCUCUGAUGCACUAUAAACUACUGAAUCUACCACGUGCCUCAGUGAUCUUAUAUACAGAUGUUUUGUUUUUUUUCUUACGUGCGCCACAGGAGAAUAUGAUCUCAAUGGGGACAGUGAAAUUAUAUGUGUGUUAAUGCGUUCUCCGAGUGGCGCAUUACGUUUAUACAGGCGUUCACCAUUAGUAUGGAUCUGCUUAUGCACCGCUGGAUGCAAAUGCUUUAAAAAAGUAAAAAAGUUCUAAAAAUACCUGCAAAAAUAGGAGCCCUCAUUCCGGACCUGCCAGUGGCCGUAUCAUUUGCGGGGCUUACAAAAUGCAAUAUCUGCAUCUUCAGUGCGUCUGUCUCAGUUCACAGUUACACAAACACACUUUGCAUUUGGCACUCCUUCGUUACCCUAUUCCGUCUCCACAGGAUUAAGGCGAAAUAAGUGUCAGCUCUGCACGUACACAUAGGGGGUAAUUCAGACCUAAUCGCUAGGCUGCGUUUUUGUACAGCGGGCGAUAAGAUCUAAACUGUGCAUGCGUAUGUACCGCAAUGCGCAUGGCACGUCGCACGGGCACAAAGCGGAUCACCACUCAGCGACGGGCUUAUGCGAAGGAUCCAUUCACCCGGGCGUUUGCAAGGAGAUUGACAGGAAGAAGGCGUCUGUGGGUGGCAACUGACCGUUUUCUGGGAGUGUUUGGAAAAACGCAGGCGGGACCAAGCGUUUGCAGGGAGGGUUCCUGACAUCGGUUCCGGGACCGGACAGGCUGAUGUGAAUCCUGAGCUGCGCAGAGACUGCACAAAAUCUGUUUGUACAGCUCUGCUAUACAAGCAAUCACACAGCGAAAAUACCCUCCCCCUGUAGACGGCGACUAUGUGAUCGCAGCAGCAAUCUGAAUUACCCCCAUAGAGCGUCAGCCCCUCUGUGUGCACCAGUCCUGCGCCUUGUAAGUAAUACUUUAAAUAGAAAUGAAUCUUUGAUAGGUACCAGAGAAUGCAGAAUCCAAAGAUUACAGUCAUGUAUUUUAAUAAAAUAAAGAACAAUCAAUAUUGUUUUA